UAUUUUUGUUUCCAUAUAUUUCUUCAAUUUCUGUUCUUCAAGCAGCGGUUGUUCUUCCAAUUCACCACACUUCGUCUCUUAGAAACUGCGAUUUUUCUCUUAGGUCAUAUCUUCUGUUAUUGUUUCGAGUUCGCUAAGAUUAACUCCGAACUUGUUCAUUAUUGUUUUUUGUAACCGCGAUUCGUCGUUUACCACCUCGAAAUCUCCGUCGACCGUUGCAGCCGGCGUCGGAGUCAGUGUCGUAUUCUGAACCGGAGGAAUGACGCAGUCGCCGGAUUUCGGAGGCGAUUACACCGACGGAACUCACCACGUACAGUCCUUUUCGUCGACCUCUCUCUACUCUUCUUCGUCUCGCCGAGAUGUUUAUUACAGCUGUGGUGCUUGUGGAUAUGAACUGAACUUGAGCUCUUCUAACCGCAAUACAUCGACCAUCGGCUCUAAGUAUGGUAAGUCGAUAAAGCGAGGGAUCAUAUCGUUUCUAAAUGUCGACGAUAGCAGAUUUACUCAGGUUGAUGAACUUCAGUGUGUGCCUCAUUUCUCGAAGCACUCGUGGGGCCUAUUUCGUCGAAGAAUCAAGCUACUAUGUCGAAAGUGUGGAAACCAUAUUGGAAAUGCUAACACAAGCCACACUUUCUCCACCCCACUUGUUUCAGAUGGAUCAGAUUCAUCUUUGCCCAGUGAAGUCAAUAGGUGUACGAAAUAUGAAGUUAAAAUCCGUGCCUUACAACCCUCAUCUUCACACGAAUUUGACCCUUCAGUUAUUUAAACAACGGGACAAGGCUUUACUGAAUGGGUCCUCCUCCGAGUGUGCUAUUUACUUGUGAAUAAGAAUUGGGUCUGAAAUGGAAGCAAGUGUAAUGGAAAGGAUUCACAGCUAUUGUUCCUGCCAACUAAAGGAUGAUUUAUACGAGGGAGUUGUUUCGAAGCUACUGAUGUUUUUGGUUUGUUUUUCGUUUUGCAACAAAGCAUUGUUUAAUGUGGCUUUAUCGAAGUAACAAAUUUAGUCUUCAAA